AUGGAGGACGACGAGUUUGAUGAUUUCGGCGAGUUCGAGGAGUUUGACGCUGCACAGCCGAUAGAGCACGACCCGGCGCUUGUUUUCUCCCCGUCCACCGACUCAAUUGCCCGUCUACAACAAAGCCUCCACGACACCCUGAACCCAUUGCCGUUGCCCUCGCCCACAGAAAAGACCUUCGACCUGGACCAGCGGUGUCAGGAUGUGUACUCGCGGCUGGUGCACCCGCCCAUGAACGUGCGGCAGGUGAACUGGAAACGGUCGCUUUUGCGGCGCAAGCUGCUUGUGAGUCUGGGGAUCCCCAUCGAUCUGGACGAGGUUCUGCCGUCGGUGGCUGGUGCAAAGAUGAGCAAGUUGUACGACCAGAGUGCACUGCAAGGGCUGCAGAACAAUGUCAACGCCGAGCUGGAGACGCGGAUCUCGCAGGUGAGUGUUGACGAGACCCGCAAGGACGAGAUCCUGAGCUCGUCGGACUCGGUGCUGGAGUCGAUCCAUUCCAGAGUCCAGCCCAAAUCGUUCUACCAGGCGGCUGCAGAACGCGGAGACAUACAGGAAAAGACAAAAGAGCUCGAGAACGUGCGCGACGAGCUGUUGAAACUCGCUGCGUGCUGGAACCUACGACUCGAAGACUUGAAACAGGAUAACGAGAUAUAUUCAAUGUAUGUGGAGAACCUGGUUGGCAACACCCAGAAGCGACGAAGAGAAGAGAAAAAGGAGCUCAAGGGGAGCUCCUAG